CUUGACACUAUAGGUGGAGUAUUCAAAGAAAAUGACACUAAGAUGACCAAAGAGGACGGAGCUGGGCACGUGAAUGUAGACGAAGUAAAUGGCGAUGCAGUGCAUCACAAAGCAGAACUAGCAUCAAAAAUACGUGAAGUCACUCCACUGAAGCCAGCCAAAGGCAAUGUUCACUUCAAAAUUCUGGUACCAUCGAUAGCUGCUGGUGCAAUCAUCGGCAAAGGAGGUGAAGCAAUAACAGAAAUUCAAAAUCAAACAUCAGCCAAAGUGAAAAUGUCCAAAGCAAAUGCCUUCUAUCCAGGUACAACUGAACGAGUGUGCUUAAUUGUUGGUACUAUUGAAAGCAUACUCCGUGUAUUUCAAUAUAUAUCUGAAAAAAUUUAUGAGAAACCAGAAUCUGUUCCGAGAACUGGCUGCGAAGGUCGAAUACCUACUGAGAGGCAUAAACAGGUCAAGAUUCUAGUACCCAACAGUACUGCUGGCAUGAUUAUAGGAAAGGGCGGCAGCUUCAUUAAAGAACUGAAAGAUACAACAGGAGUAUUUAUCCAGGUUUCCCAAAAGUCUAAAGAGCUUAAUUUGGCUGAAAGAUGUGUUACUGUGGCAGGUGAACUUUCUCAAACACGUGAUGCUAUCGCUCUGAUCCUGAGUAAAAUCGCUGAAGAUCCUCAAUCAUCUAGUUGCCCAAAUAUAUCUUACUCUGAAGUAAUAGGACCAGUUGCUAGUGCGUAUCCCACUGGUUCACCGUAUGCUUUAGCAGUAGGGUCACAUCCAGGAUUACCUACAUGUGGAAUGGGUUUCAGUUCAGAUGUGCACUUUCGAACUGCUCCAGGUUCAAAUUCCAGUUUUUCACCUCCACAAAUUAGUUCUCUCUCACCAAUUAGCCCAACUACCUCAAAUCCAGCUUCUGUAUCUAUGUUUAGUGCGAAUUCAUCUUCAGCUGUUGCUGCUGCUAUGGCGGCGAUGAAUGCGGUUGCUGCAUGUCCUCAAAAUGUUAGGUCAUCUUCAUCAUCUACAUUAGUCCAAAACGGUGGUCGAGCCCUCAUGGGUCGAGGUGUCUCCAGCACACACCAUCAAGCUAUUUCUCAUACUCCUCAUAGUCUUUUGGGAUCUGUUUCAACUCAUUAUGGAACUAAAAUACCUACUACGUAUGCAUCCACUGGACCUACUACAAUCUCUUCAACUAAUUCAAGUGUUGGUCUUGAAGGUAUACGCAGCGUUUUAAAAAGUGCUGGUUAUUCUGAUGUAGCUACAGAAGAAAUUGCCAAUGCUAUGGAUGUAUUAAGUCUGUAUGGUUUCAUCUCUAUGUCUAGCCUUACCGGAUGCAUUAAUUCCUCAUCAAUGGUUAAUUCAUCUACAAAUAAUAAUCAUCUUCCUAUGAAUUCUAAUGCACUAAUAAGUGGAUUAGGAAAAUCAUUUUCCAACUAUGAAUCUGGCGGUCAUCAAUCUCCAAUCUUUUCAAACAGCUUCCAUUCUAACGAUCUUCCAUUUCAUAAUUUUCGAAAUCUUGGAACAAAUUCUAUUCAAAAUUGCACUAUUUCACAGCCGCCCAAUCACAUGUAUAUGCAUAGACGAUCGUCAUUUUCAUCGUAUCAACCUGUCAAUAUGAAUUCACAUUCACGUGCUGCUGCAACUCACUUAACCGCUACAACAUGUGAUAAUGUCAUGAUGAAUAACACUGAAAUCAUUCCGUUAAUUAAAGACUUGAAAGUACAAGAUUCAUUAUGUGUUUCCUCGGAUCCAACUGUUUGUUGUGGUUCAGUUGAUGAUAGUCAUAAUUUAAAUGUCACUGCAGGACUUUAUUCCUCGUUAACCUCGAAUGAAAGAAUUGAUGCAAAAAGCACUACUACACAAUCCCCAGUUUUAGGGAUUCGUGCUGUUUCUCCAGUCUCCAACAUGUCAAUUAAAAGGAAUGGUGGUGGUAUACUACCAGAUAGUCCUGCUAAUAAUGGUUUAGUUCUCCGUCGUGUAUCAGAUGGGAAUGUUGGUGAAGAACUAAAUAAGAAAAAUGGUUUAUGUUGUACAGCAAUAACAAUAACAGCAACAGCAACAACAACACCAGCAACAUCUGUGACGAAUAAUGAUGCUAGUCGAACGAAUAGUUUAUGGAAUCUGUGACAAUUUCCUUUUUUUUUUUAGGUAUCUAAUUUUCUAUGUUCAAAUAUAUAUAUUUCUAUUGACAUUCAAAUAUAUAAACAACAACAUAUUACUUUACUCACUUGCUUCUUCAUAACUUCUUCAUAACAAAGGAAAUACCUCAAUCUCAUUCAUUGGUGUAUCAUUGUCAUCAUCAACAUCAUCGUCAUUAUUAUUAUUAUUAUUAUCAUUAUUUUGUGACUGUCAUUGGUUAUCUGGGUGUGUGUGUGUGUGUGGAGUGAGUGAGUGAGUGAGUGUUCAUCUGCUUUCUGUCAACGCACAUCCUCCUCCUCAUCAUCAUGAUGAAUAAUUAACUCUGAUAUCUCUGAUGUUUUUCUUUUUUGCUUUGCAGUUUGAGACUUCUUGAUGAGUAGUAGUGCUUUUUUUAUCCUGUUUUGUUUUUUGUUGGUUUUGUUUAGAUUUUUCCAUUUUUAUUGUCUUUCCAAGUAAUACAUAUAUUGCUGUUAUUAUAUAUAUACUCACAGUAUUGUUGUUUGUGUGCCUUCUAAAUGACUAUCACCAAAUCAUUACACAUGAUGAAUCAUAAAGUUAUCCCAUUCACAUUAUACUACUUGGAACACCACACAGUAUAUAUAUUGCCAUUUUUUGUUCUGAUUUAAUUUUUUGAGACUAUUAAACAUCAUUUAUCAUGAUUACCUUAUUAUAAUAAAUAAUAUGUAACCUUUUGAAAGACAAUAUAGAAUACUUCAUGUUUAUCAUAUAAAUAUUCAUGUUUACCUAAGAAAACAAACAAACAUAAAUACACACAAACACAAAUGCACAAAUGGCAUUAAUGCACAUACAUGUUCACUAAUCACCCAGUGCUACCUGCUAACAUCUCUUCAUCUUUAUCUCCAUAUAAAUGCCUUUUUUUGACACAAUAGUAGUCGUCGUCUAUCACAUAUUUAUUAUUUUUUGUGUGUGCUUAGUCUUCAUCAUAUUGGACGACUGAUGAAAUGGACUUGACACCAACUACUCUGUCAUAUUUGUCUGUCUUCCCUCACAUAGUCUUUCUUUCUUUCUAACUGGUUGGUGACGGUUAAUCAAAUUCCUAUUAUCAUUAUCAUUACUAUUAUUAUGUACCUGGAUACUUCGCGCGCUUCGUUUCCCGCCUGUUUCCUUGUAGUGUUAUCAUCUCAUUGUCUUUUUAGCUGAUAAAGAAGAAAAUCUUCUUCUCUCUCUCUCUCCCGUCUCUUCAUUGUCACAUUGUUCACUUGAUGAAGAAGAAGUACAUUUCUUUCAUGUUUUCCUAGUGCCUGCCUGAUUGAUUUACGAAAAACACAUUAAGAGUUAGUUUCAUUUCAUCGUGUGUGUGUAUGUGUGCGUAAAUCAUCAAAUGUUAAACUGUGUUACACAAUAUGCCUUCUGAAAUUCGUCUCUGCUUUCUCGAAUAGCCUGUGAUAUCGUAUUUGUCGUCAUUUUCUUUUCCUGUGGAGUCAGUCUUCCGUCUUCUGCGAAAUCAUACCUGGAAGGAAGGAGCAAAAAAAGCGCAUCUCCUACUCCUGCUCAUUCAUCCAUCAUUAGUUAGAGAAGCAUCUCUCAAUGCUGAUUAUAUAUAAAAGCGGUUCCAUACUAUCUCUAUCAUGGGAUUUCUUUAUUAUUACAAUUAUUAUUUUUACUCGUACUACACUUCACAAGAACAUAUUUAUUUACUUAUUUUUAAUUCGUCAGUAUACUAUAUAGUUUGGUCCUUUUUUCCCCCUCGUCUCGUUUCGUUCACAUUUCAUUGUUGGUGGUGAUCCCAUAGUGUGUGUUUGUUAUAAUCGCUAUAAAAUUAUUAUUGUUAUUUAAUUAUUGAAGUACUCUGUCUGAUGUCAGUUGGCUUUUCUUUCUCUUUCUUUUUUUUACAUAAACGUCGCUCUUCACACUCAUUGCUUUCCAUGCUUUAUUCGUUUGUACUACUACUACUUUCCUUAUCUUUUAUUUUGUCACCAAUUUCUUUAUGCAUCCAUUAUGUAUCCAUUAAAUAAUCUCCUUUCACAUUUCUAUUGUGUUUGCACACUCACUUAAUCAAAAACAAAACAAAAAAGUAUUUUUUUUUAAAAAAAAUAUUUCUUUUAUUCCACUUGACAUAUUACUCUAUUGCUCUUUUGCUUGUGUGUUUGCUUUAGAAGUCGUUCUCCACACACAUACACACUACUUUCCUAUCACAAAGUACACAUCUGAAAUAGUUAAACACGUUAUUAUUAUUAUUAUCAUCGGGAGGAUAUCUCUCAUCAGUUUUCAUUACCUUUGUGCUGCGCUUGUGUUUGUCUCUAUUUACCCAUAACAACAACAACAACAAGUUUUUCCGCUUCAUUGAUACAUCCCUUUCACUCUCUUCAUUGUUAGUUUUGUUUUAACCUAAAAGAAUU